AUGAUUGAUGACGAUGCUCUCGGGACGGUGUCGUCAGAGCCAGCGAAAUCAGCCGUGAAGAAGAACAGUAAGAGGAAACGAAGCGAGGACGAUGAGAAGGAGGCGCCUAAACUCGAUCGUACCGUUGAGUCUUUGGAGAGGAAGAGCGAGGAGGAGAAUGAUGAUGAUGAUGAUGACAACAACAGUUGUGGAGACAAACGCGGCGUGUUGUCGGUGAAUGCAGAGAACGAGGAGAAGAAGGAGAAGAAGACAAAGAAGAUAAAGAAAUCAGUAAACUUCUCUUUGAAUCAUUUAGAAGACGUAGCCGGAGUCGCGGACGAUAUAGACAGAGAAGCGUGGGAGUUACCGAGAACGUGCGAUGGAUGCGGUUUGUACAUAUUAGGCGAACGAUGGUCGUGCGGGAAAUGUGUAGAGGAAACGGAGGAGGAGUUUGAUUUUUGUAAAGCGUGCUUCGUGGCAUUUAUGGAGGUAGAAAGUAAAGGUGGUGGUGAUACUAGUGUUGGUAGUAAGAGUCAUAAUACCAAUAAUAAUGAUCCGUGGAGUACUAUCGAUGGCGGCGGUGCCGUUCAAUUGACGAGCGCGGAUUUACAUAAACACGAUCCGAACUCUUUUCUCAAGUUCGACGAGGAAAACGAAGAAAGCAUCGCCAACGUAGAGAUGAAGAAAGCAGUGGAGCAGUAG